AUUCGGCGACAUUGAAGAAACAUUGUCGGUUGAUCGCGCUAAGUGUAAUAGAUUUUAAAUUCCCAUAAUAAAAUGUAGAGUUUUGUUUAAAGGUCGCAAGUAAAACACCUGACAAUGCUUGAAUAAAUGACAAGUUUUUGUAAAUAAAUUGUUAACUUUUAUUUAACAAAAAUAAUAUAUUCAAUAUACUCAUAAUAAUAUUUGUUCAAAUGAGUGUUGUUCUCCAGUGUUUGGUGCUCUAAUUUCGACUUCCCCAACCACGAAUCGCCAACCACAUCGAUAAGAUAAGCACUAACGGUGUGUGUAACUUCGGGUCUUUGGAAAAUCAUAACAAAUUUGAAGCAGACAUGGCUUACCUGAGAUUGCUUUGGCAGAUGCUUGUCCUUGUAGUAGGACUGAUGACUGGUGAAAUUACCGGUGUGGAGUGUCCGGCGUCCUGUAAGUGCAGCUGGAUAGUCGACAGUCUGUACGCGAACUGUUCCGGCCGUGGACUGAGCGUCUUUCCCAGCUUCGACAAUGUGCCUGUGGAGCAUUUGGAUUUGUCGAACAACAGAUUCAGUUCGUUUCCACGACAGUACGCAGAUAUGGACUCGCUGUUGUUUCUGGAUCUGUCGGACAACCGUAUAGAUAAACUGGAUAAGAAUGCGUUAAUUGGUUUCACAUCGCUGCGAACUUUGCUGUUGGCCAACAACUCAAUAACCAGCUGGACAGAUAUUCAUCCCAAUGAGGCCUUUAAGUAUGCGCCAAGUCUGAAGCGUCUUAGCCUAAGUGGCAAUCGUCUAGGCAGCUUUGGAGGCUCCGAUGUUGGCCAACAGCUCAGCAGUCCAUCUCUCUCCGAGCUGGACCUUUCAAUGGCCCAAAUCAGCUUUGUUGGCAGCAGUUUGUCGGACAAUCAGCUGCCCAACCUGGAGCAAGUGUCCCUGGCCAACAAUCACUUGACCCAAUUGAUGCAUUUUCCCUACGACAGCGUGAGAAAACUCGAUUUGAGUAACUGCAGCCUGCAGCGACUCAGUGCGUCCUUUUUCGAGGCACUGCCCAGUCUGGAGUCCUUAAAUCUGUCCCGAAAUACGGCUCUGCAGAUUGUGGAUGAUCUCAUUUUAGCCCCCGAGCUGAGGAAACUGGAUGCGUCCUACUGCAACCUCGAUGAGCUUGAUCUCAGUGGCUUUCCCGCUCUCACCGAGGUGCGUUUGAGAGGCAACCUUUUGAGAUCUGUGGAUGCCCGAAGCUUUGCCAAUAAUACACUGCUCGAGCUGGUCGAUCUGUCCGAGAAUGUCCUGCGUCUGAUUGGGAAUGAAGCCUUUAGUCCGCUAAAGCGACUUAAGCACUUGAAUCUGGCCUACAAUGAGAUUGCCUAUCUGGAUCGCAAUCUGAUCCGUGGCAAUGAUGUCCUAAUGGAGCUCAAUCUGAGUCGCAACAUCAUCCAGAAGCUGACGAAGAUCGUCUCCAACUCGGUGCGUCACAUCAACAUGAGUUGGUGUGAAAUCACCGCAAUUGAGAGCACCGCUUUAUCCGGAUUAUCCGUCAUACAGCAACUCGAUCUAUCCAAUAAUUUGAUCAGUGAUAUUCCCAAUCAAAUGCAGUCCGAAACUCUGCAGUAUCUGAAUUUGGCCAACUGCAGGCUUUCCACCAUUCGAAACAAUAGUUUUCGAGGUUUUCCAGAACUAGCGGAUUUGCAUUUGAAUGGCAAUCGAUUGACGAAUCCCAUUCCUCCUUCCUAUUUUCGAGGCAAUAAGUUUCUGGAUCAAAUCUGGCUAGGCGACAAUCCCUGGAUAUGCGAAUGCCAAGAUCCAUUAUUCAUAGAAUUCUAUGAAUUUCUCACAGUGAAACCACAAAAAAUCAAGGAUCGUUAUCAUCUGCGCUGUGGUUCCCCGCCAAUCUACUAUGGCAAGAUGUGGGAUUAUGCCUGUAUAACCGACUGGACAGCCAGUACCCGCAGCAGCAGCGGGGAGAAGGUGUGGUCCACGGUAAUGCUCAGCAUUCUGGGCAUCGGUCUAUUGGCCAUUUUAUACGGAUGUUGCCAGAAGAUAAUGCGCAAGCAAAAGGAGCGCAGCAAUCGCAGGGAAUAUGACGAAAAUCACGAUGAACUGCGUCGCAUACGGGAUCUCAAUGAACGCAUGCUGCGGGAAGAGUCUUCCACAACGCUGCAACAGGCGCAGGAGAUUAGUCUUCUGCCCUCCUACGAAGACGCCUUGCUGAUGCCAAAGUUGGAGCGACCUGUGAAGUCCAUGUUGGACCUGACUGUCACGGAACGAGCACGCAAGAAUCUGCGACGUUCCCAGACACAGCCGGAGGGGGGAGAACAGUCCGCCGGAGAGGAGGAGCUGCAGCUGGACAACCGUCAAAGAUUCCGCAGCGUGGAGAUGCUCUCAAAUCGGGACAAAGAGAGAACGGCUCAUUAUGGACCCUAUAGACGCACUGGACACAUGGAGUACAACACUCAGUCGGGCAGUCGACGGUUUAGCAUUGAGGAAUCCCGCUUUCCGGCUGCCCAUCUGAAGACCCAUAAUCUGCAGAGUGCCGAGCAGAUUGGCAACUUUCAGAGCUACGAGAACAGUCCGUACACGAAGCGUAAGCCGAAGAUAGCCGAGAUUCCGCCCUUCAAGCGGCUCAAUAUGAUGGCCGACAGUGUCGAGUUCCUCACCGAUCCCGAGUACGAGGAUUUGGGCAGUAAACCCGGCAGUCCCUUUGCCAAGAGGAAGCCCAAGACGCCGAUUAAGGUCACUGUACAGGUGUAUCCCUGUCAAGUGGCAGCUGGUGCACUUGCUCCGGCUGUAGAGGAUUACUUUAAGCGUGCUCCGUCCUCGUCCACCAUUGCCAGCGAUUUCCAGGAGCUGGCCGAACAGGAUCUCGUCUCGCUGCCCGACGACAAUCGAUCAAAUGUCUCCACCUCCGGUGCCGAACUGGACGUGGAGCAGGGCAAGCGAAAGCGGCGGAAGAACUCGGCCAGUCGUCGGGUCAGCGGCAAUUUCAGCGCUGCUGCUGCCGCCGCCGAUGGCAGCUCCUCUUCGUCCGGCGGAGAAGGAGAAGGGGAAGGGAAGGGAGAACGUCUUAUUCCAGUGCACAAACCCAUGCGAGAAACUCUAUUUUAAGCCAGCAAACGACAAAGCAUACUUAAUAAUCCUUUCAUUUGUUAAACUUAACUACAUACAUAUAUUGUAAAUAACUCUUAAGACUUAUUUAAACUAAAUCAUGUAACGGUCGUACUUUAAAUACACGUCAAAGUGUGCCCAGACAA